AAUUCCACAGGAGAUUUUGAUAUGUGUGCUGCCCAUCUGCUGCCGCUCCCCGCUUGCCAAUUGUGAUGGAGAUGCAGCAAAGCAUCGGUGCACUACAGUCUGCUUUUUGUUUUUCGGAAGUGUGGACAUGCAAGAUCGCCACUGAGUGAGACAUGUACACCAAUGAGCCCACUCUCGAGACGUGUCAAAUAUGGUGUGGAUACGUCAAAGCAUUGAUGAAUCAGUGCCUACUUCCUGUUUUUUGGCUGUUGGGACAUCCAAAAUGGCCCCCGAGUGGGACAUGUUGUGAGAGUGGGCUCAUGAGUGGAUGUGUCAAAUAUGGUGCAGAUACAACAAAGUGUCAAUGAUUUGGGGCCUUUCUCCUGAAUCUGACUCGACACACAAGGAAAUCAGGUUGUGUCUGUGUUGUGAUGGGCGUCGCCUGUCCUUUGAGUAGGAAACAUCUCACAGGUGACACUCAUUUUGCUCCACUAAGCCUCAGCCCUUCAGAAGGGCCUGAACAGACGGAGGAGACAGGAGGAGACAGAGGUCAAAUCACAUUUCUGCCUCAAGAUAUAACAUCACAAUCCAGCUCCUAGUACAAAAAAGUGUAACAAAGUACAAAACCCCAAAACCCAAAAAGCGGCUCUGUGCCAUUAAAAAUAAUUGUACAAAAAAAUACGGUCGCGUACGCGCGCAUUUCCUAUUCCGGUUAAGUGAUUUUAUUGUGAAAUCACACAGGAAGCGCGCGGUACGGUUGACAGCAGCUUAACAGCAAACUCCGUUCUCUCGGUGAAGUACAAGUCCUGUCAAAAGCAAAAGUGGAGCAGAAAGGCGAUUUUGUUAGAUGUAUGUCUGCAGUUUCAAAUGCCACCAAGGCUCAGUCCGACAAGUGAUGCCAUCCGUCAUGUUCUCUCAAAGACGGACAAAACUUCAAAACUGGAAGUUAAAUACAUAAAUGCAGAGAAAGGACGAGGAGUAUUUGCCACAAGCAAAUUUCCCAGAGGAGAAUUUGUAGUGGAGUACCGGGGUGAUAUGAUCAAUGAUGUUGAAGCCCAAAGAAGACGAAAGGUUUUCCACCCAUCGUGUACUGCCUUUUUUUUUGCUUUCAAGUGGCGAGGGAAAUUUUGGUGCAUUGAUGCCUCAAGAGAGGAUGAAUCAUUGGGGCGACUUCUUAAUGAUCAGCACAAAGGCCCUAACUGCCGAAUGAAAAAGAUUGAUGUGGAUGGGAUGCCGCACUUGUGCCUAUUUGCUAUCAAAGACAUAAAUGAGGGGGAUGAAAUCACCUACGACUACGGAGGGGAUGACUGCCCAUGGAGAAGUCAAGCAAGCACACAUGCUAAACAUGACCCUCGUGUGGAUGGCUCCCAUGCUGAUGUCCCUCCAGGGCCACAGAUGGAUGAUGACUCCACAUCCAAUCAACAGGCAAGCACACAAGCUCAACAUGACCCUCGUGUGGAUGGCUCCCAUGCUGAUGUCCCUCCAGGGCCACAGGUGGAUGAUUACACCCAUGACGUCAUGUCCAUAGAACAGGCAAGCACACAAGCUCAACAUGACCCUCGUGUGGAUGGCUCCCAUGCUGAUGUCCCUCCAGGGCCACAGGUGGAUGAUUACACCCAUGACGUCAUGUCCAUAGAACAGUCAAGCACACAAGCUCAACAUGACCCUCGUGUGGAUGGCUCCCAUGCUGAUGUCCCUCCAGGGCCACAGGUGGAUGAUUACACCCAUGACGUCAUGUCCAUAGAACAGGUACAUCAUGUGGAGCACUUAAGAUGAAUUCAUAGAGACAUCCAGAGUCGCCUCCUGUUGUUUCUGGCUUCAUUCAAGCUGCUGGACACACACUUUUCUAUUGUUGAGUUGGCAGGUUGUGUGAAGACUAGCUCUGGAUGUCGGUCCCGACAAGUGGUGACAAGUGGUGACUGUGUUUGCCAUUCCCCCAUGAAGCUUGCUCAUUCUAUUAGUGUGACGGCAGAUGCUGGUUAAUCAAUAUUCUUCACAAAUAUCUAAAUUUUUUUCAGUGUGUGUGUUGUAUUGCUGUUCUUCACAGAGUGAGACAAAAUUCCAAAAUGAAGACGAGAUUGCUGUCCCAAGACUUAGACGGACAAAAAGUAUCAUUAUGAUAAACACAGAUUUUGAAGACUUGAGUGAGUUAUACGACUCUACAUCAGAGAGUGGCGAUGAGUAUGUGCCAGAUUCCACGUCUGAAAGUGACGAAAGUGAUGUCAGCAUUUCAACAACUGAAAGGAAACAAAGGUGGCCAGUGGGUGAAUUAUUUUCUGACUCUGAAGUGGUGACUCCAGUAUGUGACUCCACAACAGUAGGUGACUCCACAACAGUAGGUUACUCAACGACACCAGACCUUGAAAACUUGAGAACAAACAUCAGUACAUGUGAUGUCAGUACAGACGAAGAACCCUGCUCAAGUCAAGAUGCAACUGACACCAUACUUGUGCAAGCUUCACAAAAGAGGCAUGGAAAAAGAGUUUACAACAAACGACAGUAUUGCUUAUAUUGCAAAAAAGCAAAUGCAAAAAUGGCCAGACAUCUAGAACGUGCACACCACGAUAAAGUUGAUGUGGCUCAAGCUAUAAGUUUACCAAAGGGUUCCUUGGAGAGAAGAAAACUGCUUGACUAUAUUCGCAACAGAGGCAACUAUGCCCACAACGCUGCUGUGCUGGAGUCAGGGAGAGGAGAGUUGGUUCCAUUUAAACGCCCGAAUAAAGAUGCACAGGGGAAGGAUUUCAUGCAUUGUGCAUACUGCCAAGCUCUUUUCACACGAAAAGUCCUGUGGCGACAUAUGCGAAUUUGCAAACUUAAGCCUUCAUCGAUACCUGUCAAACCAGGAAAAAAUCGUGUUCAGUCUAUGUGUACAUUCAUGCAGCCUGUGCCAUCACACAUCGGGAAACAGAUGUGGGGAGUUAUCAGUGCCAUGGUUGCUGAUCCGAUCACUGAUGCUGUGAAAAAAGACAAUGUCAUCAUCCAUGUUGGGCAGCACCUGUUGAACAAGGGUGGGAUGUCAGCCAAGAAUCAACAGUGUGUGCGUGACAAAAUGCGAGAAAUGGGAAGACUGGUUCAUAAUGCCAGAAAAGUUACCCCCUUAAAAACAGUGGAGGAUUUCAUAAAUCCAAAGAAUUACUUGCAGGUGAUCAAAGCUGUCAAGGUGACUUGUGGCUAUGACAGUGAUUCUCACAAAUUCACAAUACCAUCACUUGCCAAGAAAAUUGGCCAUACAUUGGUCAAAGUCAGCAAACUCCUAAAAGCUCAGGGCUUGAUCAUGAACAACCAUGAACUUGUGAAAAAUGCCACUGAGUUUCAGGAAGUCCACAACGAAAGGUGGAAUGAAAUGAUUUCUGCGACAGCACUACGUAACCUCAAUGAAGCAAAGUGGAAUGUUCCCACUCUGAUGCCGUUCACAGAAGAUGUGCAGAGACUGCACCAGUUUCUCAGUCAAAAGCAAGAGGAGUACUGCAAAGAACUCUCUGAAAGUCCUUCCACAAAGACCUGGAUAGACUUGGCAAAGGUGUGCUUAGCACAGAUCAUCCUCUUUAACCGUCGCAGGGAAGGAGAAGUGGCAAGCAUGCCCUUGUCUGCAUUUUUGUCAAGAGACGAGUCUGAUCAUCACCAGGAUUUGGACUGGGCACUGUCAGAAGUAGAGAAAAGACUCUGCAAACAUUUCACAAGGAUUGUGAUCAGGGGAAAAAGAGGUAGACCGGUUCCUAUUCUUGUGACUCAGAAAAUGCUCAGUGCACUGGAACUCCUGGUUUCAGAGAGAGAGGCUUGUGAGGUACUCAAAGAGAAUUGCUACAUGUUUGCAAGGCCAGCUGCUAAAACGCAUCUCCGUGGUUCGGACUGCCUCCGUGCUUUUGCAGUAGCAUGUGGUGCAAAGUGUCCCAAGGCACUGACCUCCACCAGGCUGCGGAAACAUGCUGCAACACUCUCAACGGUUCUCAACAUGACGGAUACAGAGAUGGACCAGUUGGCUAACUUUCUUGGGCAUGACAUUAGAGUCCAUCGUGAGUUUUAUCGACUACCUGAGAAAACACUGCAGCUUGCCAAGGUUAGCAAGCUUCUCAUGGCCCUUGAGCAAGGAAGAUUGGCUGAGUUCCAUGGCCAAAACCUGGAUGAAAUCACAAUAGGGCCAGAUGACAUGGUCAUUUGUCCUGUUGAGACUGAUGAGACAGCUAAAACCAGGGGACGACACGAUUCAUCUCAAGAAGAGACUCUUCCACUGACAGAAGAAGAAGGCCCCCCACUGACAGAGGAAGAAGGCCCCCCACCAACACGCAAGAGAGAUACACCAUCAGCAGCAGAAGAUGACCGUGUCGGAGCCGCAACACCUGUUGAAGAAUCAUCAGCAGAGGUGAGGAAUGCAGUCCCAUCAGUGAGCAAGAGGAGCAAGCCACUUUCUGGAGAUGAUGACCGGCUCACAGCUGUGAUGUCUGUCAAAGGUAAAGCUCCCAGGAAAAGAAAACCAUGGCAGGACGAAGAGGUAAAAGCCGUUGAAAAGCAUAUGAAGCGGUUCAUCACUUCAUGCAUCGUCCCUUCAAAGAGAGACUGUGAAAAGUGUCUAAGAGCUGAGCCAGCAGCUCUCAAUAAUCGGGAUUGGCAAAUGUUAAAAUAUUAUGUAUACAACCGCAUCACAGCGUACAAAAAGAAAGUCCAGCAUUCCUAAUGUUUAAAAAAGGCUGAUUCUGCUAGUUUUGUGAGCAGUGCUUUGCUUAUGUCUUAUGUUAUGGUUAUUUUCACUGUUUUUCUUAGCUUGAUACUUGAAAGCUUAAAGUUGGG